AUGGGAGGACUUUGUCCAAGCAGAGGACGGUGGAACUUUAAUCGUAAGCAACUGGUUGAGCCUGUAAAGCUCGAGAGGUGGGUCGUAGUGAACUUUUCUGCACGGUGUCGCAUGGAAAAACUAUGCGAGGACCUGAUAAGAUGUGGGCAGAUGAAAGGCAUAUCAAUAACUCGACCUUAUGAGGUCUUUCAAGAGAGGACAGAAUAUAGAAAUGCCCCUCCUACUGUUAGGGUAGAUAAGAUGUUUGAGAUGAUCAAGUCACGACUUCCCGGAACUCCUCAGUUCAUCCUCUGCCUUUUGUCAGACAGGAAAAACUCCGAUGUUUAUGGCCCAUGGAAGAUGAAAAAUCUCUCCGAAUCCGGGAUAGUGACUCAGUGCAUUGCUCCCACAAGGGUUAACGAUCAAUACCUGACGAAUGUUCUUCUGAAGAUCAAUGCCAAGCUUGGUGGCAUCAACUCACUGUUAACAAUCGAGCAUACUUCAAAUAUACCCCUCGUUUCUCAAGUCCCCACGCUGAUAAUCGGGAUGGAUGUCUCGCAUGGCUCUCCCGGUCGAUCGGAUGUUCCAUCUAUUGCUGCUGUGGUUAGUUCAAGGCAUUGGCCGCUCAUAUCUAAAUACCAAGCAGCAAUUCGUACUCAGUCACCAAAGAUGGAGAUGGUCGAUUCCCUUUUCAAGAAAGUGUAUGAUACUGAGGACAAAGGCAUUUUCAGAAGUUCACGCAAGAAACCGGAGCAAAUUAUUAUCUUUCGGGAUGGGGUGAGUGAGUCUCAGUUCAACCAAGUUCUCAACAUCGAACUCGAGCAGAUGAUCGAGGCUUGUAAGUUUCUGGAUGAGAAAUGGGCUCCCAAAUUUAUGGUGGUCGUGGCACAAAGAACCAUGACACGAAGGAGUGUAAUCGAUACUGGAAUCUGCCACCCGAGGAACAAUGAUUUCUACAUGUGUGCUCAUGCUGGCAUGAUUGGGAUCACUCGACCCACUCAUUAUCACGUUCUGUAUGAUGAGAUUGGCUUCUCUGCAGAUGAUGUGUAG